AGUAUUACUAUAUCUAUGCACGAACCUAGAUAAGAGCUCGACUCGUAACCUUUAUUUCUUAACAGGAGACAUUAUUGCAGGAAAUGUUUUUUAUCUUUAAUCUUAUCUUUGGUCAUUUAGUUCAAUAGAGUAAGUUGAAUAUAAGAUAACAGGUAAAUUGACAACAAUCCCAGAAAAUAUGACAAUGGGAGAUGAAACUCCUGUGACAACAUUAAUACUGCCUGUAUUAAUACGCCCUAUUCUAUCAGAGCUAGAAAAACAGGAUGUUUCAGCGUCGCAGACCUUACGGUCAGCUCUAACUAAAGCAGAGGCAUCACAUCCAGGGCUCACAUAUGACCUUGUUAUUGGUAUUUUACGGAAAGGGGAUCUAACAGUCAAUAUGAAUGAAAGUAUUUUACGCUUACAAGGGGCAGUAUCCGACUCUGAUGUUGUAGAAUAUCGUCUCAAUCGUUCAGAAGAUGCAUUCCAAGAGCUAAACAGAAAAUCAGCUGCGUUAAAAAGAAUCCUCAGCAGAAUUCCAGAUGAAAUCACAGAUAGAAAAACGUUUUUGGAAACUAUAAAGGAAAUUGCUAGUGCUAUAAAAAAAUUAUUGGAUGCUGUAAAUGCAGUGAAUGGAUUUAUACCUGGUACAGCAGGAAAGCAGUCUUUAGAACAAAGAAAGAGGGAGUUUGUGAAGUAUUCUAAAAGAUUUAGUAAUACAUUAAAAGAAUAUUUUAAGGAAGGACAUGCCAAUUCAGUAUUUGUUAGUGCAUUAUAUUUAAUUCAUCAGACGAAUAUGAUCAUAACCACAGUGAAGAGCAAGUGCGAGUAAUAAGAAGUAUAAAAUUACAGAAAAUACGCGCCUUGUUGACGAUGGUCGACUAAAUGACUAAAUAAAUCAAUAAAACGAAAUUUGAAUCAUAUCUAUUUAUUUUUUUCUUACUUUCUUUUUAAAAACAAUAUUAAAAUAAUUGAUAAAGUUCACAAACAGGAUUUACAUAUUUUAUUGUCUCAUUUUAACAUUUCUAACAAAUAUAUAUUUAUUGCUUUAGACCUUUAUGCUAAUGGGCAUAAUUCAAUUUUUUAUAUGGAAAGUAAAUUCGAAAUUUUUCAAUUCCACUGUUAUACAGGGUCAGCAAAAAUACACUGCGCCACAAAUAACACAUAAUUUUAAAAAUGAAUAAAAAUUGCCUUCAAGUUUUAUUCAAAUCUGAUGACACUGAAAUAAAAUAAUAAUAUGGGCAUAUACAAAUUUUUAUUAAUGAAUUUUAGAGAAAUAUAUCAUUGAUUAUUGAGUAUUAUUUUUUUAUUACUACUCACGUCAUUUCAGACGUAGUUAAAAUCAGCCAACAAACCAUAUAAUCCCACUAGUGUUUAACGGACUUAUAAUAAGCACCUGUUAUAGAUCAAGCUAAAAUUGCAAUUUUUAGUUUUCUGGGGGUAAUUUUGUAACCAUAGCCACUUUUGAUUGUGCAAUGUUGUUAAUUGAUAAAUUUUUCUCUCUUUUAUAUGGUACAUAUGCAGUUUUAGAUUCUGUUAUUUAUCUAGUAGUGUCUCCUUGAAUUACAACCAUAUCCAUGAUGGUCCCUUAACAUAAUUUUUCCUCCAAAUUUAUUGUCCUAUCAACAUUGUUUUUGUUUUCUUGUGCAUAUAAAAGAUGCUACAUGUGAUGAUUUAAGGUUAAAAAAGAACCAUCACUUCUAUAGGAAUGAAAUUAGAUUUCUUUGCACAUUAUCUUCACUAAUUUGAUAGUUAUAACUACAGUAUAUUUUUUAUGCAAUACAGUGUUUGCAACAAAGUUAAUGCUUUUGCAAAAAUCAUGCCACUUGAAAUUAUGGCAAGUAGUACAUUCUCCAGUCGAUAUAUUUUUAUUCUCACAAACGUUUUGGAGGAGUUUUGCUUGGAGGUGGCUUUUACGAAUAUUUUAAAGCAAAUUGAUAACAGAAUCCAUACAAUUUACUUUUUGCUGAUUUUUUUAAUAUUCUGAUAAAUAAAAAACAUUUACAACGUUGAAAAUAUAUAUGUUUAAUUGAUCGGCCGCAGUUUUUAAAUUUUAAAAAAUAUAAUUUUGCAACGCAGUGUAUUUUAAACAGGAGAAAUUAUCAGUACCCUUUUUUUAUUGUGGAAUUAGUCAUCCUCAAAUGGUAGAAAAAUUCCUAUUUCUUCUAAUAGAAAAAAAGUAUAAUGCAAAUGUAAUGUUCAUCUCUAGUACCUUUCACCAUUAAACCAUAGUGACAAAAACUAUUUUAGGCACUUCCGAGCAUCUUUUAAUCGACCAUUGUACCAAUAGUCACACUCUUCAAACAAUACUAGAUUUAUUAUUUUAUAUUACUUACUAUUUGUUUUAAUAAAUUAAAAUGUACUCCCGCAUACUUGUUAACAACUUUUUCCCUCUUGGUUAAGGUUUAGAGUAUUAAAAAUUAUUAUUAAAAAGAAUAUGUAAUAUAUGUUAUAAAAUAUAUAAUGUUGUUAUGACACAUGUUUGUGUUGAUUGUAUAGACGUAUAAAUAAGCGUAUUAAAAUGAUUUCAAUUAGUA